UCCAAACUGUUGAAAAACAUCUGUUUUUGUCUUGGAAAAAAGUAACAUGCUCUGCCCAAAAAGUAAAAAAGAAAAUAAAGAAAGAAUGAAAGAAAGACACAUGCCACUUUCCAAGACAUUAGUAGUUUCCAAAAUUCCAAGUCUAGGGGGGCUUAGCAUAUAAGUAAAAGAAUAUGCACUAAGGGUCCUGUUUGGCUACCAAGAAAGCAUGGCAACAGAUUUUCCGGACCGGCAGGUUGGCCGGAAAGUUGGCCAGCCGCUGCCAACACCACCACCAAGGACUAAGUGCCCGGCACCAUUUUUAUCGAAAACUUAUGAUCUUUUGGAGGAGGAAGAAGCAGAAAGAGUGAGGAGGAGAUCAGAAGCACAUGGUGGUGGUGAUGGUAGUGGUGGAGGGAGGAGGGUGGUGACGUGGAAUGGGGAGGGUACUGGAUUUGUUGUAUGGUCUCCGGCGGAGUUCUCGGAGCUCAUGUUGCCUAGGUACUUCAAGCACAACAAUUUCUCAAGCUUCAUUCGCCAACUUAACACCUAUGGAUUCAAGAAAACUGCAUCAAAAAGAUGGGAAUUUCAGCAUGAGAAGUUCCAAAGGGGACGCCGAGAUCUGCUUGUGGAGAUCAGCAGAAAAAAAGGUGAGCCCAGCGCCUUUCCGGCAUACCUCAGAGCAGCCGGAGAGAAUGAAAACGCAGAAGAGGAAAACAAUCGUUUGCUACUCAUGGAAGAGAACAAGAACCUAAGGAAAGAAAGAAUAGAAUUAGAAUUGCAAAUAGAGCAUUUCAAAGCACUACAGACACACUUGUUUGAAUGCCUUUCUCACUACAUCAACAAUCCCCAGGCUAAAGUGAGAAGGUUAUGUUAGAAGUGUGCGCCCGCGCAUAUGUAUUGAGGGUAAAUGAGAAAAGAAAGAAAAUGUUGAACAGUGUUUGUCUUGUUGCCAUGGUCGUAGAUGACAUGGGAUUCACUAUAUCGAGAAUUCAUGUUUUGCUGUAUUCAAUGCAUUUCCAGCUGCAUAAUUAUGUCUCGAAAUUUUCGUGUUUUGAAAUUUCUAUUAUAUUGUACGGUUUGAAGUACAAUAAGUACAAGAACAGAGAUUUUGGAUUCAGAUGAUCUUUGGCUGGUCUUGGAAUUACACCAUCCAGCAUUUUGAUCCCAGAAUCUCAAAUGUUAAUACUCAGUGGGUUCAAAUCAAAUAAUGAACAUUUCUUCUAAACUUUGUUGGGUCUUGUCACAGUGAAAUAUGAACAACUUCAAUGGAGACUGGCCUUGGAAGGGUCAUUUGGUGUUGUAGGUAUAUGUGUCCAUCCCCAUGUCAUCUCCACGUCAGCCUUCUGGGAGUUUGUUGAUGCCAUGUAGCAGCCUCACAAGGCAAUACACAGGCCAAUGACGAGCCACCACAUAUGCUCAUCUAAUGAUAUAUUGUCAUUUCUCCACCAUUUGUAUUUGAGGCCAUGAAAUUAUUAGACCCCUGCUAUCGGUUGAACACACCACCAACCUGAAAUUAUUAAAAAACCUGAUAAUUACUCCUAGGCAAGGCAUCUCCAAGAUCUCACCUCCAUAUCUCACUCCUAAGAUCUCACUCCACCACGUACCUCCAAAUGAGAUCCACACGCGAGAUCCGUCAUACGAUCAGUGAACCUCCAGCUUAUACUUGGCUCCUUACGCAAUAUGUCUCCAAUUUACACUUGGCUCUGAAAUAACCUAGGUCCACUCUGGAUGAUUGAAUAACUUGUGGCUGAGGGUAGAGUUGAGGGAUCGUCAAGAUUACCGCUCAAGGAGACUUGACAAAUCCCACAUGGGAGAGCAUUUUCUGAGGCAUGUGAUGUGUUUGCGACUUGUAACUUGCAACUACAAUGUGUACAUCUUUCAUGCCAGACAUUUGUAUCAUAACACGUGAUACUGUCACAAGGAUACAAGAGAUCUGCUGACCCCUUGAUACUAUUAGGAUCCGUUGACUCCUCUCGAUCCUUUUACGAGAUUCCUCCUAUAUAAAGUAGUCUCCCCCAAGUAACGAAUCAAGCCAUCAACACAUCACAUAACUAUUUAUGGCUUAGAAGACCUUCAACACAUCACAUAACUCUCACCAGCUCAAAAGUCCACUGCCACACACACUCUCUCUCUCUCUUCUAAGAGUGCCUCAACUCUCUCCUCCAGCUUCGAUGAUCUUGUGUCAGCUAAACACCUACCAUCUUUCCAGAUCUUGUUCAAGCCACCUCGGACACCAUCACUCACAUUACACUCCACUUGGAUAGAGUGAUACUCGCUUUGCAUGACAUUUCAUGGAAAAACAAUCUUCUCCAAGUCUCUUCGACAUUCGGACUAUAGCUCCCUCAUUUCAUACUUCACUAUCCACAAGUGUCCACUUGGUCUUCUCUUCAAGGCCGUCAAUAAAAUUUUAAUAUUUAUUUUCUACACCAAUUAUAAUUAAUAGAUUUUUUGACAUAAGGAUGCUAUGUAUAAACUACAUGGAUUUCACCACUUUUUUCAUCUCUUUACAUGAAUCUACACAACAAAUGCCAUAUCUACAUAAAAAAGCUAUCAUAUCCACAAAAUAUGAUGUGCCCCGUUAUCCUUUAAAUACGAUGAACCCGUACACAUAUAUCACUUGUUAUGUGAAUCCACAUGAAUUGUGAAAAAAAGAUAUCAGUAAUAUUCAUUUGGUCACAUGUUAUUUUUCUUUUUCUUGCCAAUCAGAGACUCUUCAUUUCCCUGUCCACUCUCGCUCUUCAUUUUCUUCUCACGCGUGCACUCAAGUUGGGAGUGCAAAUAUAUAGAUGAAAAAAAUAAUCUUAUGUCACCGGACCGGAUAAUAAACAUCACAUGUAUUUUUCACCUCCAUAGAACGAAAUAUACUAGUAUAUACAUUAGUGAUUAUCCAUUUAAAAAACACAAGCACACAAAUCUAACAUAGGUCCAUACUUGCUAUUAGCUCCAUCCAUAAGGUCAAAAUUUCAACAACACAGCAAGCAAUAAUCUCAACAAUAUAGCUCAGAAGUACCACAAACAAGUUGCAGCAACAGA